UGUUGAUUGUAUUGAAAGUUGUACUUAUCGCUCUCUGUGAACAAACACCUUCACCGGUUCAAUAAAGGGUUAGUUAAGGGAAAAGGGAACCUUGCCAAUCGAGUGUGCUACUUUGUGGCAACAGCGGAAACCCACCAAUAAACACAAAUCAUCCACCAUCCACAGGGUGUGUGGCACACACUUUACACAACAUUAGAUUAUGAUGGUUAUCCGUUGAAGUAAUGCUGAAAAAAAGUGCCAACAUCAUCGUACGAUAACCUGUCUUCUUGCAAGCGAUGACGAAAAAAAAGACGAUACCCAGAAACAUCACAAACAAGCUCGUAAAAACCUCCAUAGAAGCAAGUUGUAACUCCUUUUGCUUCUCCCGCACAAAUGAAUCGGUCGACGAUAAACGGUCGCAAAAAGUUGAAUAGCAGGCGGCAGUAGUGUUGCUACGUUACGGCAAGACCAACUUCAUUUCAAGCUAGUUACGGCACCGAAUUCAAACAACCUUACCCGAUAAGAAAAUUACUAACAGCUAGUUAAAUAUGUUUUUUUUUCGUUCUCAAGGUGUCUCUUUAAAAUGGUGGCUAUAUCGCUAGCUCAAGGUUGCAGCUUACCUCCCGUGGAACGAUCAUUUGAUGUAAAGGUUUUAAUCAAACCGUGCGGGAAGUUGUUGACAACGACAGACGAUUUGAGCUUGUUGCUAAAUGUUUCUGCGCAGUUCCCCGAUGGCUGAUUCAAUUGGAAGUUUAACAGUGUAUCACAAAUAAAAGCCAGGAAAAAGCCGCAAGAUCGAUCUUUUUGUCGUAUCGUUUGCAUAAAUUUAGGCGCAUCGUACGCGAUUUGAAUACAUAUGGCCUUUUUCGGAGAUACAGCAACACAAGUUUCUAUCGAAUUUCGCUUCAAUACCACACCUUGAAGAUUAGCUAAUUUUGUCAUUCUUCUUCUUACACUUUCUUGUAGUUUUGUUCAAGAUUUUGGUUCGGAAAUGAAUACCACCGGCGAAUGCUGUGCCUGAAAUACCGAAACCCGUUUGCCUUGACAGGUUCAGGACGAAAGAGAACCGGAUGGUCACUAUCAUCAGACUGCCGGUGCCGCUCUGACUCACUUACCUUGACUGUGAGUUUUUUGAAAGCUAACCGCGGCGCACGAUCGACACAUGAAUGUCAUCGUCCACGGAGGUGGGUCACGCUGCACCUUGAACGAAAGGCCAAACGUUGACCGUUGGUCGUUUAUGAUCGUGCAUAGAAACAUGGCCGGUAAAGUAAUGGUUCCCGGUUUUUUUUUAUCACAUUUUUUUUGGAAGGAUCAUGUGUUUAUGGAGCAGCCAGUAUGUUUAAUCAUAAAAGUCCAGAAAAAGAAAUAACUUCUUUUUCUCUUUUCCUCUCUCUUUCUCUCUCGCUAUCGUCCACUGUUGGUGAUAAUUAUUUGAUAACGAACACGAAUCGCGGUUCGGACUUGCGGUUUGCGAUAAGAUAAAGCUUUCCCGCUGAAGCAUUGAACGUUUAUCCCGCCGUGUGGUUGAAACGUCUCCCUUUGUACAAAUGUGUCCAGUCAGUGUGGUUCUCUAUGCCAGAACGAUUCGUACGGUGAUUGCGUCGAAUGUUCGCAGUUUUUAGCAUUAGCAAAUUGUGUAACCCGUUCAUUAGCCACAUUUCUACCGUUUAGUGUUUUUGUUUUUAGUGUUCAUACCUUCGGUGUGUGUUUUGAUUUUGUAGCGAAUCGGUGACAAAACAUACGAAACAAACGCGCUGGAACGAUCAGUGGAUGUCAGUGUGAUUAUUAAACAGUGUUCUGUCCGAUGGUGAAACAAUUAAAAUACAGCCAGAAGCCGUAAAGCGUUGGAUUAUCCACAGGGAAGCACAUCAACACCCGGCAGUGUGGUUCUCCCUUCACGGCAAACCAAUCAGCAAGCAGCGGAAGGACUCAUCGACCGGAUACAAAAUGAGUCACUGUGAUAACAACUGGGACGUAAAUUUCGUCCGUGUUUUACCUCUCGCCCUCAGAAUCUACAUCGUGACAUGGAACGUCAGUACAAAGUUCCCGGAAACCAUCUCCCUCAACAAGCUGCUGGGUUUGGAGAAUCGCCCCGAACAGGACACGCAUCUACCGGACUUCUUUGUGAUUGGACUGCAAGAAGUGAACGCUCAACCCCAAAACACUCUCUACAACCUUUUCAAGGAUGAUCUAUGGACGCAAAAGUUUAAGGAGGUGCUGAAGGAGCGUGAUUACGUCGUGAUCAAGACGGAGCAGAUGCAGGGUCUGCUGCUAUCCGUAUUUGCCCGGCGGAAACACUUGCUGCAUCUGCGACAGGUUGAGACAGAGUACACCCGUACCGGGCUCGGUGGAAUCUGGGGUAAUAAGGGAGCUGUUAGCAUACGCCUGAACGUGUACGGUAGCUCGAUCUGUCUGGUGAACGCACAUCUGGCCGCACACGAUCACAUGCUGGAGGAACGCAUCAAUGACUACGAACGGAUCGUACAGGAGCAAAAGUUUCACGUCAAAGCAAAGGAAACCAUUUUCGAUCAUGACUACGUAUUUUGGUUCGGCGAUCUUAACUUCCGUCUAACGGGUGAAGCGACGACAUCCGCUGAUGAGAUCCGUGCCAUGGUUGCACGGGACGAGCUGAAGCAGCUAAUCGAAAAGGACCAGCUGCUGCUAGUAAGACGCGAGGGCCGUGCGUUUAGUCAGCUGCAGGAACGAUUGCCACAGUUUCCACCAACGUUCAAGUUCGAGCACGGUAGCAACGAUUAUGAUAUGAAACGAAGACCGGCAUGGACCGAUCGGAUAUUGUACGCGGUGAACGAAAACAAUUACCGCAACGUGCGCCUCACGGUGGAACAAACAUCAUACAAAAGUCAUCCAAGUUACAAUAUUAGCGAUCACAAACCGGUUACGAGUGAAUUCACAUUAAAGUGUUCGCUUGAGCCUAGCCGAGACGAAAACGGCAAUCUUUACGCUACCACGGCUAGCCGGAAGCUUAAGACGAUACGCCGCAAGAAGCGACGUCCUGCGGCGCUGCACAGUGCCAAAAUGGCGGACACAUCUAGGGAAGCUAGGGUGAAUCGAAAAUCUCAGUACAAUGUGGAACACUUCCGGAAUCAGCAUAACAAUCGGCUUAGCUACAAGCUUGCCAUGGCUAAUAAUACCGAUGUGCAUUCUUUCGAUGAUCUUGUUACGGAUCUAAUUGACUAUGGACAGGUGUACGAGGAUACGACCGAGCGUACGAUUAGCUUCAAACCGAUCGAGCUAUGGUUGGUCGGGGAACCGAACACUAUUGAGUACGUCAUACCGAACGGAUUCGACGAGGGUAAUGCCGACUGGAUCGGUAUCUAUCGGGAAAACUUUACUAGUCUGAGCGAGUACCUGGCGUACGAGUAUACCGAAACGUACAAGGAUAAGCAGCAUCAACUGAACGAGCAACAGCUUCAGCAUCUGCAAAAUACCCGCACCGUAACGCUAACGUUCUCGGAAAAUGUUAGUUUGCCGCUAGAUUCGCGCUACCAGCUGCUGUACUUCCAGAGCACCGGUACACGGGGAGUUACCGGGUUGGUCGGUAUCAGCAGCUCGUUUGCGGUAGAAAAGCGAUGCCCGUCUCCGUCGUUCGACGAAAUUGAUUGAUCGCGGCGCAAACGGUACUAGGUUACGGUACUGGUUCACUAGGAAACAGUCACUCUAUUUCCUACAGAUUUCUUCUUCAACUAUGAUUAGGACCACUAAAACGCUACAGGAGAAGCAGUAAGAAAUCCCUUUUUUACAUUUGCAUUCGGAUCGCGUGUCCGAAAAAGAAACGAGACCCGUAUGAUCUUGACAGUAGCAACAAAAAAAAAAACAAAACUCCUUUCUUCCAAUCAAAUCCAGAGCGUGAUACAUUUCUUAGACACACCUGCUAGUGAUACAGCUAUGCAAACAAAAAUCACUUUUAAAGAAGCAAUUUAGAAGAUUUUGCUGCCUUGUUCAGAUAAACCGUUCGGUAGACUGCUAGUGGGGGAUGAUAAUGAACGCGAACAGACACUGCAUUAGGUGAGGCCUUAUCACAUUAGCUUAGCUAGGAUAAUUGUACCAAAAUCAGCACAGCACAGCAGCUACAUACCAUUGCAACACUAAUCGCGGACGUCUUCGUUCUGCCUACGAAAAACGAUUGCUGUUUUUUUUUUUGUUAUUUUAUGUUCACAAUCAAACCGUGAAGUGUUUUGAUAACGUUCCAAAUCUAUAAGUAUCUCCUGGGCCAAGAUAUAGGAAGAAAACGAUUGUCCAAUCAACAACUUCACGCGUAGAUUCCAUUUUUAAGUGAGUAGGUUCUAUUGUUGUACGAAACUUUGUAUAGUUACAGUUUAGCUUGUUCGAAUGGUUUGUUUUUUUGUACAUUUGUUUUUAUUUGUUGUACAUUUACGAUUGCUUAUAAACCCCUGGUGCACACUCAGACAACAGAGCCCAAACGUUAGCGUGUACAUGAUCAUGGACUAGCCUGUGUUGCUUGCAGAAAAUAUAUAGUUAUAAAAAACUUACUGAAAUAAAAUAAAAAAAAAACCUUAACGACACCAUCUUUGCGUCGCCGG